UUCCAUUCACCACACCCUAACAACCUCUCUUCUCUUCUCUCCACUCUUCUCCUUCUUCUUCUUCAACUCUCGCUCUGCAACCUCUCCUCAACAAUCAUCUCAUUUCCAAACUCAAUUCUCUGCAAUUUUCUUCUUCUCUCAAUUUUCUCGUCAUCGCUUCAUCUCAGAUGCACGUUUAUUAGCUUUCCAAUGGCGUCCAGAGCAAUUUUACGGAAGAGGAAUAAUAAUCUCAUUCAUCAAUACUUGAACCGUUCCACUUCUUCGAUUCUCACCUAUCACUCUCAUCCACAACAUGCUAUCGGUAUCGGUACACUAUCUCAUCCUCCUCCGUCGUCUAACCACGAAAACGGUUGCGACGGAACAUCAGUCAGCAAACCGGAGCGGUUCAAGAUUUAUGGCUUAGGGCAACAAUCGCAACAUUUUCACCGAUUCAGUGUUCGCGUUGGUUUUACGGUUUAUAAUGCGCCGAUCGGUGUGAGGUGGAUGUCGCAGAUGUCUGCGGCGGCGGUGAAACAACCGGAGCAGGAGGGGGACGAGGAUGAGGUGGCUGCUGCGGCGAGGAAGAAGCGGAAAGAGGCGUCUCCUGAGGAGUGCGAUCAAGCGGUUGAAGGCUUGACCUCUGCGAAAGCCAAAGCUAAGGCGAAGAAGGCGCUGGAAGCUCCUAAACAAGUGCAGAGUGUUUUGAAGCGAGUGUGGGCUGGGUUCUUAGGGAUUGGUCCUGCGUUGAGAGCUGUGGCGUCAAUGAGCAGGGAGGACUGGGCCAAAAAACUCAUUCACUGGAAAGGGGAAAUCAUAUCGACAUUGCAGCAUUAUUGGUUGGGUUUUAAGCUGCUGUGGGCUGAUGUGAGAAUCAGUUCCAGGUUAUUGUUGAAGCUUGCUGGCGGGAAGAGUCUCUCUAGAAGGGAGAGACAACAACUGACGCGGACAACUGCCGAUAUCUUCAGGCUAGUUCCUUUUGCGGUUUUCAUUAUCGUUCCCUUUAUGGAAUUCCUCCUACCAGUGUUUCUGAAGUUAUUCCCCAACAUGUUGCCUUCACAAUUUCAAGACAAGAUGAAAGAACAGGAAGCACUGAAAAGGAGACUCAAGGCAAGAAUCGAGUAUGCAAGGUUUCUCCAGGAUACUGUCAAAGAAAUGGCAAAAGAAGUUCAAAACACCCGUAGUGGAGAACUAAAGAAAACAGCUGAAGAUCUUGAUGAUUUUUUAACCUUGAUUAGAAGAGGUUCACGAGUCUCUAAUGAAGAAAUUUUGGGGUUUGCCAAGUUGUUUAAUGAUGAACUUACUCUAGAUAAUAUAAGCAGGCCACGGUUAGUCAAUAUGUGCAAGUACAUGGGAAUCAGCCCUUUUGGCACUAAUGCAUACCUACGAUUUAUGCUACGAUAUCAGUUACAGAGGAUCAAGGAAGAUGAUAUAUUGAUUCAAGCAGAAGGUGUGGAUUCUCUCUCAGAAGCUGAACUUCGGGAAGAUUGUAGAGAGCGAGGCAUGCUUGGGUUGCUUUCUGUUGAAGAAAUGCGCCAACAGCUUCGAGAUUGGUUGGACUUAUCUCUAAAUCACUCUGUGCCAUCAUCUCUUAUGAUACUUUCAAGGUCAUUUACGGUGUCUGGGAGAUUGAAACCCGAAGAAGCUGUUCAGGCUACAAUUUCUUCUCUCCCCGAUGAGGUUGUAGAUACUAUACAGGUUACGUCCUUACCCUCUGAGGAUUCUGUUUCAGAGAGGAGAAGGAAAUUGGAGUUCCUUGAAAUGGAAGAAGAGCGUAUUAAGGAGGAGGAGGAGAGAGAGGGGGUGGAGCAAGCAAGAAUGGAGAAUAACUCUAGUCAAGAUGACAAGGCCCUUAAUGAGAUGAAUAUUUCAACAGCAAAAGAAGCACAACAACUUGCUAGAGCCAGAGCAGUAGAAAACAAAGAGCAGCUUUGUGAACUUAGUCGUGCAUUAGCUGUUUUAUCUUCUGCAUCAUCUGUAAGUACAGAGCGUGAAGAUUUUCUGAGACUGGUUAAUAAAGAGAUUGAGCUCUAUAACAGCAUGGUAGAGAAAGAGGGUUCAGAUGGUGAAAAAGAUGCCUUUAGGGCAUAUAAAGCUGCCCGAGAGGAACAUGGGCAUGCUACUGAGUCGGGUGAUGGAGAUAAGGUGUCAUCAGCACUCAUAGAGAGAGUUGAUUCUAUGCUCCAAAAUCUUGAGAAGGAAAUAGAUGAUGUGGAUGCCAAAAUCGGUGACCGUUGGAGGCUGCUGGAUAGAGAUUAUGAUGGCAAAGUAACUCCUGAGGAGGUAGCAGCUGCUGCAAUGUACUUAAAGGAUACGUUGGGCAAGGAGGGUAUACAAGAGCUCAUCAGUAGUCUUUCCAAAGAUAGAGAUGGGAAAAUAUUCGUCGAGGACAUUGUUAAAUUAGGUAGUUGGAGGGAAGAUGGAAAUGCAGCUGAAGGUGAGAGACAAUGAGGGUAUGAUCCCUCAUUUGAGUUCCAGAUACAUCUUUUUUAUUUUUCCAUAUGCUACAAAAAGUGGCGCACAAAUAUAUUGUAGGUCUUCCGAGUUCGAAUACCUUAGUCAUUGAUUUUGUAUUCAUGUAUUGAUAUUAAUAAGUAGACAAGUGUAGCAGUCAGAUAAAAACAAAGUGUGUGCAAGCCCUGUAAAUUUAUGGCAGCUGAUCACACAAAUGUACUUACAUAUACUCAUGAUGCAACACUAGGUAGGACCUUGCUGGCAAUUUGGCCGCAUCUACUUACUAAAAUUGGAAGUUAAUCCGUGAAGUAUUACUGAAACACAAUUCCUCAACAAUUGUCCUUAGAAUUGUGAACAUUUUUUUGUCAUACAUGAUAUUCUUGAACACUCGGGUCAAUGUGCUCAAGGGUAGAUGAUUAUAAUAUUUGAGCUUACCUUUAUAGCAUAA